UAACAACAACAUUUUGAUUUCUGACGCACAUUCCCGUGCUGAGAGGAUAACGUGGAAGUAUUCGACAACUAACGUUCUUUUCUGGGUCUAUUUUGUGGUCGUCCAUGCGCGGAGAAAGUUGACGGUCCUUGGACUCCAGCGCUUGCAUCAACACAAUCCACGUAGAAAAUCCGACUCCUACAAAGCCAUCGAAGGUAGCCCGGAAUUGCUUCUAUUUCAUCAGCCUCCCCGCGCUUGGAGGGGUCCAUCUGUCAUUGGGUUGGAGGAGGUAUGACCGCGCUGGCUGGGUCUAUUCCCAGGAUGAUGCGACCCACGCUGGCUCAGAAUUACCCUCGCAGUGGCUUCCCUCUCGAAGUUUCAACUCCACUGGGCCAAGGCCGCGUAAACCAGCUCGGUGGAGUUUUCAUAAACGGCAGGCCUUUGCCUAACCACAUCCGACACAAGAUCGUGGAGAUGGCCCAUCACGGCAUCAGACCGUGCGUCAUCUCCCGGCAGCUGCGGGUCUCCCACGGCUGCGUGUCCAAAAUCCUGUGCAGGUACCAGGAGACUGGCUCCAUCAGACCCGGCGCGAUUGGAGGCAGCAAACCAAAGCAGAUGACGACACCGGACGUGGAGAAAAGAAUAGAAGAAUGCAAGCGGGAAAACCCGGGUAUGUUUAGCUGGGAGAUUCGGGAUAAAUUACUGAAGGAUGGAAUAUGUGACCGCGACAAUGUCCCUUCAGUGAGCUCAAUCAGUCGGGUGAUGCGCAGCAAGUUUGGGGGUAAAAACGAUGAAGAGGAGGAUGAGGAUGACCUGGAGAAGAGCGAGUUGGAGGAAAGUGACCGUAGGGCCAAGCACAGCAUUGAAGGCAUCUUGGGGGACAGAUCAAGUCACUCAGACGAGGGUUCAGAUGUGGAGUCAGAGCCUGAUCUGCCACUCAAAAGGAAACAGCGACGGAGUAGGACAACCUUUACGGCAGAGCAGCUGGAUGAGCUGGAGAGAGCCUUUGAAAGGACCCACUACCCUGACAUCUACACCAGGGAGGAGCUGGCGCAAAGGGCUAAACUGACUGAGGCCAGAGUGCAAGUGUGGUUCAGCAACCGAAGAGCCAGGUGGCGGAAGCAAGCUGGAGCCAAUCAACUGAUGUCCUUUAAUCACCUGAUUCCUGGGGGUUUCCCACCUUCAGCCAUGUCCAGCCUCACUCCUUACCAACUUUCUGAUAGUCCCUAUCCUUCCUCAUCCAUAUCACAAGAGCCAGCCAGCACGCUACAUCGACCGCAGCCUCUUCCGCCUUCCUCGGGUCACCAAGUACCCAGUGGUGGAGGACAAGGUGAAGGAAGUUCUGCCUACUGCCUUGCCUCUGGACGCCACUCCUUCUCAGGAUACUCGGAAAGCUAUGUGAGCCCCACGGGCCCACCCAAUCCAUUGAACCCAGUCAUUGGGAAUGGCCUCUCACCGCAGGUGAUGGGUCUGCUGAAUCACGGUGGAGUUCCGCAUCAACCUCAAAGCGACUAUGCCAUCUCCCCUUUAACUGGUAGUCUUGAAGCACCUCCUGGCAUGGCUACCAGUUGCAGCCAACGCAUGGACCAUAUCAAAGGUCUGGAGGGUCUAACCAGUGUGCCCUCCAUGUCAGCUCUGCCGUCCUUGCCCAGCUCCCAGUCCUACUGCACUCCCACCUACAGCUCCCAGGGCUACACGGUCGACCACAUGGCAUCCUACCAGUAUGGACAGUACGGACAAAGUAAGGUUCCCUUCCUUAUUUGAGGCCUGAGAUUGCCUGACCCAAAGCUUACAUCCGCAAAGAAUGAAGAUAAUCAUUCAUCAGUGGGACCAAAAUGAACUGGGAUAUGUUCUGUGAUGCAGGACAGUACAUGAUUAUUUCUUGUGGAGGACGGACAGAUAGCUAAAAGAAGGGACCACAAGAAGGAUUCCGACCAAUAACUGUUCAUCCACUGAGAACAUUUCUGCAUCAGGAGUGCAGAUGGACGGAACAGAUUUAAGCGCUUAAUUUGGUCACUUCUGCACAUGUGGCACUCUGACCAAUGAAAUACGCCAAUUGCGGGCUCACUUGCUGUGUUUUCUUUUUCUUUCUUUCUUUUUUUUUUUUUGUAAACAUCAAACCCAAAUCUAUUGCCGCAAGAAGAGCAGUUGUUGAUGUGACUUGAGGCAACAUGUUUACAACUUUUAAAGCCCCACGAGGAUGUAUAAAAUUCCAUGUAACGGCAAAUUAAUCUCCCAAAUCGUUUCUGUCCGAGGGAAGAUAAGGGGGAACGGGCUUUGGUGAUUUUAUCUAUAUGGCAUUUAUUUGAGAUCCCACACAAGCCACACAUGACGAGAAAUUCUAGAGGCAAAGAAAGCAAACACGGGGAAAUGACUAUGUGAGUUAUAACAUAGCAGAAACGCUAACAAUCGCAGCUGUACUGCUGAGGAAGUUCACUUAAACCUCCGACCAAAAACUCGCCCUCCUCCUCUGUUUUCCUCUCUGCGUCUCACUGAUGUUUCGUACGGCGAGGCACAAGAUCCCGCCCUUUUGUAGUGGUCCGGAGCCCUUGGAGGGGGUCAGGGGUGACGUUUGGGAAAGUGAC